AUGCACCUCAGUCAUGUGUUCAACGCUACUCUUCUUGUUCUCUCCUCUCUGGUCUCUGCUCAACAGGCUGUCCGCAAAACCUGCUACCCAAAGGGUCCCGAAAGACCCGACUCGAAACACUGUGCUGGUGCGAUUGCGGAUCUCUUGCAAUCCUCUGGCGCCUUCACGAGCGUCGGCGCUGGAGAAUGCAACACCGUAGCGGAAAUUGGCAACUGCGCUGUAUCGUUGUGUGGGGGCCGAGGAGGAUUUAUAUCCCAUGAAUCCAUAGCCGUGGCAGCUCAAAUCGUAUUUGCCAGUUGCAAGAAUGGCGGAUACGCGGCCGGACAUAUUUCACUCGAAGGCUUCGCGUCAGGUUACGACGGUUUAACGGCGGAGACUGUGGGCGUGGUUGUCUCGAAAAAGGAGGCGGCAAUGAAAAUUUGGCAGACGGGGAAAGGGAACAAGAGAAGAGCACUGACAAGGGCACCAAGAAGAUUGCACGAUCUCAGCCCCACUGAGCUCGAGGCAAAUGCCACCGCGGGGCUCGUUCCUACCCCGGUCGGAAAACGGAACGAUCCCUGGCGGUACCAGCCUCCUCCGUCUCCAAGAGCUACUUUCACGGUCAGAGGACGCCGCCAGUACACACUAGCAGUGAUGGCCGAAGAAAACACGGGAAGGCCAAUUACCCACAACGUGGCAACUGACCUCGGCACUCGAAUGUACGUCAACUGGCUCGAGCGCGAAGCAAGCACUGGCGUAAUCUUAGGGCGGGCGGAGAUGGGCACUUUUUCGCCAUGGAUGGGUUAUUUUGCAGAGGACAACCAGAAUGCUGGAGAGAUCACCCACGGUAAUGAUCACGCCGAUGACGACUGGAUCGCACUGCUGCGUGCCGUGCAGGACUUUCGCAAUCAACGUGGCAACCCCGCCUGGUUCUCAGUCCGCGUCUUCAAAGGGAACGACGGCGUGAGAGGCACUGCUGUCGGCUGGUUCGUUUUCGACAUGGGUCCGGGUCCGUUGUUGUAA